CGGUGGAGGGCGGGGUGGGUCUUGGUCGUCCCGGUUUCGUGUUUAGAGGAGGGGGGUUAAUACCUUGUCCUUACCUUGGCAAAUUGGGGGAGCUGAAGAUUGGAGGUGUGGGAGAGUAGUCAAAACGGGGUGGUGGGGUAGAGAAUUUUCAGGCUAAGUUUGAGGGCAGCGUACUUUUUAGGGACGUCCGAGGACGUGACUGAGUAUUCACGUUUCUUUUGGGGUAGUUGGGAGGGAGGGAUUCAUGGCUUUGCCAUGACUUUCUUGCCAGGAGAGGUUGGAGAGGAUAUACAACAGAGUUGACCCUAGAUAGAACGGUGCAGUGGGCAGAGGAAUGUGGAGAAGUGGGGAACGUGGGGAGGUGGGGAACGUGGGGAGGUGCCUCUCUGAGACAGAAGCCAGUUGAGGGGCAAAUAAGGCAGCUGGACGGAAAUUAGGUUCUUAUUGGAUUUGGGUUUAUUUCAGUUUACGCAUUUUGGGUGUGAGAACUUAGAGCUCAGUUGACCAGUGAUAGCCUGUGCCAGAAGUUGAUCUGUAGCUUUCAGCACUCCAGAAGAACCGACUGCAGUGGUGCUUUUGCCCCGCAGUAGGUCUUCUGUCUCCACCCGCUCCUUGCUAAACCUUGUUUUCCCACAGUUUCCAAAAGCUUGUGCUCUCUCCCAUGGCCUCUGGUACCAGUGGGAACCUUUCCUCUAACCAGAAAGCCUCCAUACCUUUAUUCACCAAGGAUCCUUGGCUUGGUGUCUUCCUCCUUUCUCCCAAAUCUUCCUUCUCUGUGUACUUUGUCUCCUGGGCUCUCCUAAAGCAGAAUCAGGAAUUCCCGGCUCUGCUGUCUCCAAUCAUCUCUUCCCUGUGCUCAUGGCAACAUCAGCUACCAGCCCCAGUUCACCUCUCAGGGCAGAAGAUCUCCUGGGUGAUUCAUCAGAAGUCCCUGGGCUGAACCAAGUGUCCUCUGAGGUGACCUCCCAGCUCUAUGCUUCUUUGCAUCUCAGUCGUCAGGCAGAGGCCACAGCCCGAGCCCAGCUGUAUUUACCUUCCACCUCCCCACCUCCGCAUGAGAGGUUAGACAGCUUGGCCCAAGAACUGAGUCGCAGCUUGUCAGUUGGAUUGGAGAACAACUUGAAAAAGGAUGGUUCCAAGCAUAUCUUUGAGAUGGAAAGUGUUCGGGGUCAACUCCAGAGCAUGCUCCAAACCUCACGUGAUACAGCCUAUCGGGAUCCCCUUACUCUAGGUGCUGGGUCAGAGAGACGGGAAGAGGACUCCUUUGACAGUGACAGCACAGCCACCUUGCUUAACACCCGGCCGCUGCAAGACUUAUCUCCAUCUAGCUCAGCCCAUGCCCUGGAGGAGUUGUUUCCCCGUUACACCAGCCUUCAGCCAGGGCCCCCACUCAAUCCUCCAGAUUUUCAGGGCCUGAGAGAUGCAUUGGAUUCAGAGCAUACCCGUCGCAAGCAUUGUGAACGCCAUAUCCAGAGCCUACAGACCCGAGUGCUAGAGCUUCAGCAGCAAUUAGCUGUGGCUGUGACUGCUGACCACAAGAAAGAUAUCAUGAUUGAACAACUGGACAAGACCCUUGCCCGUGUGGUGGAGGGCUGGAACAGGCAUGAAGCUGAGCGCACAGAGGUGCUUCGGGGACUCCAAGAGGAACGCCAGGCAGCUGAACUCACUAGAAGCAAGCAGCAGGAGACAGUAACUCGCCUGGAACAAAGCCUUUCUGAGGCCAUGGAGGCUCUGAAUCAUGAGCAGGAAGGCGCCAGACUACAUCAACAGGAAAGAGAGACACUGGAAGAGGAAAGGCAAGCUCUGACUUUGAGAUUGGAGCUAGAACAACAGCGGUGCCAGGCCCUGCAGGAAGAACUGGAUGAGGCUCGUGCUGGGCAACUCAGUGAGCAUCGACAGUUUGAGACACUUCAGGUUGCCCUAGAGGAAGAACGGCAGACCUGGGCCCAGCAAGAGCGCCAGCUUAAGGAACGCUACCAGGCACUGCAGGAGGAGGGCCAGGCUCAGUUGGAAAGGGAAAAGGUAAAAGCGGAGAGAAACACACAGAGGGAGGCCCAGGCAGCCCGAGAGGCCCAGCAACAGCUGGCAUUGAUGCAGUCUGAGGUGCGGCGGUUGGAAGGAGAGCUGGAUACAGCUCGGAGAGAGAGAGAUGCCCUGCAGCUGGAAAUGAGCUUGGUGCAGGCCCGUUAUGAAAGCCAGAGGAUCCAGCUGGAGUCAGAGCUGGCUGUGCAGCUGGAGCAGCGGGUGACAGAGCAGCUGGCACAGGCUCAGGAGAGCAGCCUGCGGCAAGCAGCCUCCCUGAGAGAACAUCACAGGAAGCAGCUGCAGGACCUAAAUGGACAACACCAACAGGAAUUGUCCACUCAGUUGGCUCAGUUCAAGGUGGAAAUGGCAGAACGAGAGGAAAGGCAGCAACAGGUGGCUCAGGACUAUGAGCUCAGACUGGCCCGGGAGCAAGCGCGAGUACGGGAACUGCAGAGUGGGAACCAGCAGCUGGAGGAACAGCGAGCUGAGCUGGUAGAUCGACUCCAAGCCAUGCUGCAGGCCCACUGGGAGGAGGCAAACCAACUGCUUGGCACCUCUACCUUGCCUUCUAACCCCCCGGUCCCUACUGCCAGCCCCUCCAGUCCUGGGCCCCAGGAACCAGAGAAGGGGGACAGGAGGAUCUGGACUAUGCCUCCCACGGCUGUGGCCCUAAAGCCUGUGUUGCAAAAGAGCCGGGAAGCAAGGGACGAGCUGCCUGGAGUGCCACCUGUUCUCUGCAGCUCCUCGCCAGAUUUUAGCCUCGUUCUGGACCCCACUUUCCAGAACCAACAUUCCUUCCAGCCCCUUGAGCCAAAGCCAGAUCUCACCUCAUCUUCAGUUGGGGCCUUCCAUCCCAAUCACAGAGCAGAACGGCCAUUCCCUGAGGAAGAUCCUGGAUCUGAUGGGGAUGGCUUCCUAAAGCAAGUGCUGCCACCCCCUUCUCAGCUGGCGGGCCUCAAGCAUUUUUUACACCAGCUGCUGGACACAGUACCCCAGAACAACGAGAACCCAUCUGUUGAUCUGUUGCCCCCUAAGUCUGGUUCCCUGACUGUCCCAUCUUGGGAGGAAGCCCAUCAAGUGCCACACCUGCCACCCCCUGUCCAUAAAACUAAAGUGCCCUUAGCCAUGGCGUCUAGUCUUUUCCGGGUCCAUGAGCUUCCCUCAACCCAUUCACAGAGCAGUGUUCCCAGCAGUGGCUCCCCAGAGAGAGGUGGCGAUGGGCUUGCAUCCUCAAGGCAGCUGAUGGAGGUGUCUCAGCUGUUACGACUAUACCAAGCUCGGGGCUGGGGGGCACUGCCUGCUGAAGAUCUGCUGCUCUACCUGAAGAAGCUGGAACACAGCGGGACCGAUGGCCAAGGAGAUAAUGUCCCCAGAAGGAACACAGACUCCCGCUUCUGUGAGAUUCCCCGGAAAGAGGUUCCCUCCCAGGCUCUCCCACGCCGCCUUGCCACAGCCCCUAAGACUGAAAAACCUCCAGCACGCAAGAAAAGUGGGCAUCCUGCCCCUAGUAGCAUGAGGAGUCGGGGGGGGAUCUGGAGAUAAGCCCCUUGCCCUUUCUCCUCUUUGUUCUGUUAAUACUAUUUUAAUAAAUGCUUGAUAGUCUGUAUUAGAGUCUUUGACUUAUAGGAAUUUGGUAAAUGGAGGUUUUGUAGAAAACUGCUUUGUAAAGAAACCUCAUUUUAUUCUGUUUGAGUAUUUUUUUAAUAUGUUAUAUGUUUCUAUUUUAUAUUCUGUGGAAAAGACCUGAAGACAGUCUAUGGCUAGGUUGGAGAAGUUUUAGUGAACUUAAGUUCAGUGUUUUAAGAAUAAAAAACUACAGAGUGAUUAGCUCUGGUUGGUAGUGUAAUUAUGGAUGAUUCUUACUUUCUUUAUACAUUCUUGUAGUUUCAAAAUUUUCUAAAAGUAUUAAUAAUCAGAAAAACAAAAUUUUAAUAAAAGUAAAUUAUUAUUUAAA